GGAGAACAUGCAAAGGCUAAACGCACAGAGUCCAGAGCAGUAAUCUUAACACCGCUGGAGGUGUUAGACCAUUGUACCAUCUUUCAUAUCUAAAUGAAUGUUGAUAAUAUUCAGAAAUAAGACGUUUAAAUAGGGGUUAAAUAAUUUUAGCUAACCAAAACCUUAACAAAUACGUCAUUCACAAAGCUAUAUGUACGAAGGUAGGAAGUGAGAGAUUUGGGUCGUGGAUAUUUAACCGAUUAGCAUGCAAAACUACUGUUUGUAUCUUAUAACCUAGAAAAUAAGGCGAAUGAGGGCAGUUCAUGCAAUCCACCAACAGUGGCAUUACAACACUUAUAAGUGAAGUGUGAAGCUGGCAAAAAUAAAGGGGAGACUUCCGCUUGCUAUUUCCGUUUGUUGUAUCAAAAUAAAAGUUCUGUUUCGAUGCUUGACUUCUACACCGGAAUUAAACUCCUGUUUACAUCCGGAAUGAUGGCGUCCUCCCGAAAUGACAAGGGAAAGAAAUCGGUUAGUCAGGAGGAGCUGCGGCGGCUCAUGAAAGAGAAACAGAAAGAAACAACCGGCAAGAAGAAACGUAUCGAAUCGCCCUUUGCAAAGUACAACAGCCUUGGACACCUGAGCUGUGUGCUCUGCAAUAUUCCCGUCAAGUCUGAAAUAUUAUGGCAAACUCACGUCCUGGGAAAACCACACAAAGAGAAAGUGGCUGAACUGAAAGAAACUAAACAAGGUCCGAUUGUUGCUUCAGUUAGUCAGAAUCCUACAUCUUCUGUGCUAAAACGAAAGACAUCAGACUCCCAACAGCCUGCAGCAAAAAAAGGUAAAGCAGAGGGUUCAUCAUCUGUGUCAGGGAUUCCUGCAGACUUUUUUGAUGGAGGACUGGGACAGAAUACUGCAGGCUCGAAAAAACCAUCAGGGCUUGGGUUACUAGCUGGGAACUAUGAUGAUGAUGAAGAUGAUGCUGUUGGUGAUGCAGAGCAAACAAAGCAGAACGUUGCUCUCUUGCCUUCAUCCACCACACCUGGACUCCCAGCAGACUUUUUUGACAGUGGCCUUCCCAGCGUUCCUGCUGUGUCUCACUCAGGAUCCAUUCUGAAAGUAGAUGAACCAGAGAAGCCUGUGGAAAGGAAGGAGAACACAGCUGAAGCCUUACCUGAGGGAUUUUUUGAUGAUCCGGUGAUAGAUGCAAAGGUACGCAAGGUGGAUGCCCCCAAAGACCUGAUGGACAAGGAGUGGGAGGAGUUUCAGAAGGAAAUGCGGCAUGUGAACAGCGCCUCAGAAGCUAUCGUUGCUGAGGAGGAUGAGGAUGGUCGUCUGGAGCGUCAGAUUGACGAGAUUGACGAGCAGAUUGAGUGUUACCGGCGAGUAGAGUUACUCAGGGACAGAAGGGAGGUGAUGAAGAACAUGGGGCAGGUGGAUUCGAAACCACAGCAGGAACAGAGGAGCAGUGGGGACAAGGAAGAGGAGGAGGAUGAGGAGGAGGAGGAACUCUUUAGUCUGCUGUCUCGUGACUGGAGAGCCAAAAGAGUGCUGAACUAAACUAUUAAAACCCAAACUGAUCCAUUGCUAAACUCCUAAAUGCUUCAGCUGUUAUGAUUUAGCAAUAUGCUUUGAACCUUUAGAUAACAGGACUAAGCAGAUAUAUUUUCUAGAUUAAUUAUGAGAAAGUUUGAUUUCAAGUUCCUUCCCUGAGCUCCCCAAGACCGCACUCAAAUGACGAAGACACUUUAAGCAGUCAGAGCCCCAUUCUUUACCUACCAUGACCAAAAAACCCUGAAUGUUGAUGUGUAACUGCAGCCUUUCUUGCUGGUCAGCCACACUGGGUGACAAGCCACUUGCUUUUUUGUACAUUUCUGAAUGUGAAUAUCCAGUGUUGAUGAGGCCUCCUGUCCAAAUCUCUCUGUAUUAAAGAAUUUUUCUUUUUGUUUUUUGAAA